AUGAGCACUCAAAAAAUUAAUACCCACUAUUCAACCAAUAAUAUGAUCCUUGAUUAUUUAUUCUAUCACUCUAUACAAUCGCGAUUAUCACAAAAGCAUAUCAACAUGGAUAAUAAAAAUAUUAUAGAAACAGUAAUCCAUAAUAUCCUCGCGAACCACAAGCAACGAAAAGACCCGACUAUUCAACAAAGGUUAAAUCUGUGCCAACUCACAAAUUUAACUAUGGGUCGUCCUUUCCAUGUGACAUUUUCUGCGCCCAUUACUCAUCCAUACCGAUUCAGACGAAAGAUAAAAGACAAUAUCCACUUUUCGAAGCCAUUCCAACCCCUGUUCUGUCGUCAACACAGACAACCCCAUUGCUGCCCUCCAGCAACAGGCCCAGGACUAGCUGAAGCUAUCCCUGCGUUUCUAAAGACAAGCGCCAACAUGCUCAGAUCGGUUCUUGAGCAGAACAAGGAUGUUAAGCUUUUGACGGUUGCAGGUCAACCUGUCAUGGGCGGUGGUAUGCCUCCUCGCUGGUACGAUCUCUUUCUCGAUCUACUCACUCAAGCAGCCAUACAGAGCUACAUGUGCGAUGGACAUGUUGGACUUGAGACCAUAUAUGAAAUAUUCUCUUAUGGUUAUGUUGAAGACGAAGAUGAAGAAGACAGUUUUGAUGAAGAGGAAGAAGAAGAUGAAGACGACAACAUUUGGACAGUCAAGGCGGCUGAUCAUCACUUACUUUUCCCAAAGACACGAACCAUGUAUCUCUUUAAACUUCAAGUACGACAACGAGAAAAGGAAUUCGUUCAAGUGAAGGAAGGAGAUACGCUCGAAAGUCACUUUAUGGCAUUGGAAAAACUUUAUCCACUUGUUCCGUUUGAAAGGAAUAUGUGUGACUUUAUUCAGAUGCUAUUGGAGAAUAUGGAUAUUCCUGCAUUAGAUAAGUGCGACUCAAGCUGUCAUCAUGUGACCAGUCCUACCAUUGCAUCCCCUCAAGAUGGCCCGGAAGAACUUCAAUUCUCGUUGUACAAAUAUCCGAGUGACGGCUCUCUUCUUAUUCCAGAUAUCAUUCAAGAAGACGACGUGUUGACUCCUCAAAAGAAACGAACUGCUCUGUCUGCCGAGUUACCAGAGAGAGAAAAUAAUAGUAUAAAAAGACAGCAUUUGCCAUCCUAA